AUGGCGACGGAGGCGGCGCCGGAGUGGCUGGACAAGGGCGACAACGCGUGGCAGCUGGCGGCGGCGGCGCUGGUGGGGCUGCAGAGCGUGCCGGGCCUGGUCAUCCUCUACGGCAGCAUCGUCAAGAAGAAGUGGGCCGUCAACUCCGCCCUCAUGGCGCUCUACGCCUUCGCCGCCACCAUGGUCUGCUGGUGCCUCUGGGGCUUCCGCAUGUCCUUCGGCGACCGCCUCCUCCCCUUCGUCGGCCGCCCCGACUUCGCCGGCCUCGACGCCGCAGGCUUCCUCUCCCGCCAGGGCUUCGCCGGCGCCUACCCGGCCGCCACGCUCCUCUUCUUCCAGUUCGUCUUCGCCGCCAUCACGCUCAUCCUCGUCGCCGGCUCGCUCCUGGGCCGCAUGGACUUCCGGGCAUGGAUGAUCUUCGUGCCCCUCUGGCUCACCUUCUCCUACACCGUCGGCGCCUUCAGCGUGUGGAGCCCCAACGGGUUCCUCUUCAAGGCCGGCGUCAUGGACUUCGCCGGCGGCUACGUCAUCCACCUCUCCUCCGGCAUCGCCGGCUUCACCGCCGCCUUCUGGGUCGGCCCGAGGACGGCCAAGGACAGGGAGACGUUUCCGCCCAACAACAUCAUCCUCACGCUCGCCGGCGCGGGGCUGCUGUGGAUGGGGUGGACGGGGUUCAACGGCGGCGCGCCGUACGCCGCCAACAUCGACGCGUCCGUCGCCGUCGUCAACACACACCUCUGCACGGCCACGAGCCUCCUGGUGUGGCUCAUCCUCGACUGCUUCGUCUUCGGCCGCCCCUCGGCCUUCGGCGCCGUCCAGGGCAUGAUCACCGGCCUCGUCUGCAUCACCCCGGCCGCCGGGCUGGUGCAGGGCUGGGCGGCGAUGCUGAUGGGGCUCGUCUCCGGGAGCGUGCCGUGGUUCACCAUGAUGGUGCUGCACAAGCGGUGCCGGCUCCUGAGGCACGUGGACGACACGCUCGCCAUCCUCCACACGCACGGCGUGGCCGGCAGCCUCGGCGGCCUCAUGACGGGCCUCCUGGCGGAGCCGCGGCUAUGCCGGCUCUUCUUCGGCGACGACCCGCGGUACGUGGGAUUCGUGUACGCGGUCAGGGGCGGGCGCGUCUCCGCGGGGUUUCGGCAGAUGGGCGUGCAGCUGGCCGGGAUCGCGUUCAUCGUGGCCCUCAACGUCGUCGUCACGAGCAUCAUUUGCCUGCUCGUCAGGGUGGCCGUGCCGCUCCGGCUCAGCGAGGAGCAGCUGGCGGCCGGCGACGACGCCAUACACGGGGAGGACGCGUACGCGGUGUGGGGCGAGGGCGAGACGUACGAGCAGUCCGUGCAUGGGAGCCGGCGAUACCAAAUGACGGCCAAUCCUAUGUCGUCCAAGGUUGAUGAGAUCAUCUGA